CACAGAGCGCGGCAAACAGCCGUCAACAGCAGAAGGAAGAACUUUUAUUUCUUCAAGUAUUCACCUCUGAUUAAACACACGAUUAACCGGGCACAUGGCGUCCACGAGUAAAGCGCAGCUCCAGACCCGCAAUCUCCCCUGGGUUGAAAAGUACAGACCACAGUCGCUCGAUGAUCUGAUCUCGCAUAAAGAUAUCCUGAGCACCAUCCAAAGGUUCAUCAGCGAGGACAAACUUCCCCAUCUGCUGUUCUACGGCCCCCCGGGAACAGGGAAGACCUCCACCAUCCUGGCCUGUGCCCGACAGCUGUACAAGGAGAAAGAGUUCAACUCCAUGGUGUUGGAGCUGAACGCCUCGGACGACCGAGGUAUCGACGUGGUUCGAGGCCCCGUCCUGAGUUUUGCCAGCACCAGGACCAUCUUCAAGAAGGGCUUCAAGUUGGUGAUACUGGACGAGGCUGAUGCCAUGACCCAGGAUGCCCAGAAUGCAUUGCGGCGAGUCAUCGAGAAGUUCACAGAAAACACUCGCUUCUGCCUGAUCUGUAACUACCUGUCCAAGAUCAUCCCGGCUCUGCAGUCCCGCUGCACCAGGUUCCGCUUCGGCCCGCUGUCCCCGGACCAGAUGAUCCCCCGGCUGGAGCACGUCAUCCAGCAGGAGAGGUGGCCAAAAGUCGCAGAUUUUUAUCUCGUCUGA